AUGUUCGGUGGAUUUUCGAGCAAAUUUGGCCCGGUAUCUUUUGCCCCUCCAUCUACACCUACGGCCCCUCAGACUAUCCGGGAGUGGAAGACUGCAUUGAACGGCGUGAAGAGUCUGUAUCUCCAGCGGCAGUAUAAGCAAUGUGCAGCCCGUUGCGCCGAUCUGCUCAUGGUGGCUAAGGAGCCUAUUGAGCCUGUGUGCAAAACAUUCCUCUGCUUCUAUGCCGCGAUCAGCUACGAGUUCCUCGGCCGUGCAGCGCACCUGUACUCACACAACAAGGUUUCUCUCCUACACCAGGCUCUCGACUCAUUCCUCGACUGUGGCGCUACUCUUCCAAUGCUCAUUUCUCUGCCUAAGCUUCCUAGUGAUCUAGACAGUCCUGAGUUCAGUUCCUAUCUCACCCCACCGGAGACCCCUCAGUACACACCCAAUGACUUUCUCAUUUGGGUUGAUACUCCGGAACAAGCUUCACCUGAGCGUCCUGCUCUCAUUCGGAGUAUGACACACAUGAUUGAUCUCUCGCUGUCGAAUCUAGAUGACGAUCCUUUCGUUUCAGACUCCGGGUCGGAGCAUGCCACAUCUUUCAUACUGACUCUGCCAAAGCACCGUGCCGCACCAAAACAUGCGAUUGACAGGGAGAAUAUCAAUAUGUCUCCGCCCAAGACCCCCCGCAAGUCCAACGAUCCUACGAAGGACUAUCGUCUCACACCUUCUCCUCUUCGUAUCCAUAAAGCUGCUCGAACCAAGGCGUGGGCAGUCAUCUAUGAAGAUGAUGAUGGUGAUGACGAGGUAGAUUUCAGUCCUCGCCCUAAGCCACUGCCCCUGCAGACCACCUCAGCAAGCAAAUUAAACAUCAAGGCCCUAACCACCAGCGCGAUUACCACCACCCCGUUGUUAACUGAUAGUUCUUCUCCGUGCAAGUUCAGCACGCCCUCGUCGAUCUAUUCACGAGACCCCGAUGGCCACAAAGAGGUUGACGGUACUAUCACCCCAGCUCAUGCCGCUAGGAUCGUUCGAUUCAAUCGUGGUGUUGAGUUCCUGCGCGGGCAAAUCUCGACCAACAUCAUAGAAAUCCAGCAGCAUGUGGACCAGGUCAAGGACAUACAACGUGCGCGCCGUGCUCGCCAGAUGCAGCGAGCAACCUCCUUCUGGAGCUUCCGACCCAUCACCGAUGACAUGGGCGAAGAAGACAUUGGAGAGAAAGAGGAGCAGCAGCAGGAGGACCAGAAGCCGGAGCCGGAGCCAUCCAUGGACCAGUUCGGCAAUAUUCUGUACAAAGAAACCAAACAGCAGCGGAUUGUCCGCCUGCGUGCCGACGGAUGGAGCACCGUGGGAGUGCGGUCACCCAACAGUACCUGGAAGGGGGCCCGGUACUACCAGGAGUUCUGCAACAUGGUUUUGACCGAGCUGAGCCUGGACAAUUGA